AUGGGAUACCAGCAGACGAGCCCCCCUUCGUCCCCUUCUUCAGGCCGGAACAAGGGUCGCCGCCCCACCAGCCUGGCCGUGGGCGCCUCUCCCCCCGCCGCCCCCUCGAAGGCGUCGCCCACGGGGGGAGCACGCGCCCCCCCGAGUCCCACGCCGAGCAAGGCGUCCCCCUCCCGCUCCUCGCCGCCCAAGAGGACCGGCAGCAUCGGCAAGGGGUCGGCGUCCCCCGCCAGGCCUACGACGAAGACCCAGGGCCCCAUGCUGGCGACGGAGGCGCGGAGCAAGGUGCGCCCCUGCGGAUGCUCGCGACGCCACGGCGGAGGAGGGCACCACCACGCGUCGCCCGAGCCCCCCAAGGACCCUUCCGGCUGCCAUGCACUCCCCAUCAAAAAGCCUUCUGUUAUCACCAGCUGGCUUUUCGGCGCCCACUCCGGCACCCACCUGCACCACCUGGCCGCCGCCUCGCCCCAGAUGGCCCCAGACGCAAGCAGGCAAGGUGGCGAGGCUGAUACGGGGGAAAUAGGCGAGGCGCCGCGAGGAAUCAGAUCCAUUUCUCAGGGCGGCUCGUACCAGUCAGGCGGAACCAGGAAGUGUCAUAAGAAAUGUACUGUAAUUGGCGAUAUGGCAACGCCGCACACCUUGCCAUACGUGAAGGUUGGCAACGCGUGA